UCCAUUGACAUGCCGCUAAUUGUUUUCCUUGUCGAAGGUUAGGACUUUGUGUGUGUCCAAAAGAAGGGCGCCUUUAUAUGUGAAUGAUGUGUCCGUGAUACCCCUAUAAUUGCAAGUAUGAACCAAAUCUAACAGUGGGUGUCGAGAUAGAGGGAGAUCGAGUGUGUGGGGAAGAUGGAGGGCGAGUGCUGCUCCAGCAGCAAGGAGAGGAGGAAAGCUGUAACUCCUCCAACGACGGUGGAGGCGGAGAGGAGCGGCGAAGGCGGCGGCGGCGGCGGCAGGCAGCGGCAGUACAGAGGGGUGAGGAUGAGGAAGUGGGGGAAGUGGGUGGCGGAGAUACGGGAGCCGAACAAGAGGUCGCGGAUCUGGCUGGGCUCCUACUCCACCGCGGUGGCCGCCGCCAGGGCCUACGACACCGCCGUCUACCUCCUCAGAGGCCGCUCCGCCCGGCUGAACUUCCCCGACGAGGUACUUACCGACGCCACCGAAGGCGGCGUUGGCGGCGGCAGCCCCCAGCUCGACCUGUCGGCUUCCUCCAUCCGGAAGAAAGCCAUCGAGGUGGGCGCGCGGGUCGACGCGGCCAUGCGGUCGAUGCCAGCAUCACCACCCCCGCCGCUGCCGCCGCCGCCGCCGCCGCCGCAGUCGCAGUCAACGCCGCGCCAGCCGUCGCGGCCUGCCAAGAACCCCGAUCUCAACCAGGCGCCGAGCCCCGAGAGCUCGGACGUGGAUUAGACGACUGUUGCUGCUUGCUUCAUCUUCUUCCAUGAUGUCUUCUCUCUUCUCUUUCUAGCUUUUACUCGGUCACAGUGACUUGUAGUAUAUUAUUUCGGCUCUUGUUCUUGCUUUAUUAUCUGCUUGGGGUCAAGGCUAAGAAGAGAAGAAGGUAAAGGUGAUCGACCAAGCUCUCCAGAGAAGCGGCAGAGCAGGACACUGAUGACAGUGCUCAGAGAAGUAUUCGAAAUGGAAACACAACGAGACGCGUGAUGUGACCGAUAAGAUUGAGCUCAAAAGGAGUGAGAUCAGAUGCUAUUUUGGCUCUUUUAAAUGGUAAUAUUGAGACUGCCCUCAAGUGUUUGGGUAGCAGCAGUAAUAGCACGAGUUGCAGGAUGAAGGUUUUGUGUGUUGUUUGGAGGAUAAAGCCAUGAAAGUGUAGCAGUAGCAAUGAGGCAGAGAAGGUUAUCUUUUGUAAUAGAAACCCAAGUACUUUGUGGCUGCUAUCCUCUCUCUGUCUUCCUCUCAAUCCCAGCAGCAUUAUUGUGUGUGUUUGGUUUGCUUGCAAGUCUCAACUUGGAGAUGCAGUGAACAUGAAAGUGAAUACAUGACAAUGCUAGAUGUGGAUAGCUUGUACACUGUACUUUGCUUGAUCCCUGCUAACAAUGUAUUGUCUGGAUUAGUGUU